GUCCAGGGCGGCGCCGGAACCCCAGACCCCGGAGAGGGACGCGCCCGGAAUCCGGAAGCGCCCGGACCCGGGAGUCCCGAGACCUGAAGCCCCGGGAAUUGGAAGCGGAGAACUCGGGGCUGCCAGCGCCCGAGCUGGCCGGAGCCUCAGGCAGGAUGACUGUGGGAAUCUUCGCAAACUGUACCUUCUGCUUGAAAGUCAAGCACUUAUCUCGUCAACAGAAGAGAAAACUACAAACUGAUAUUAAGGAAAAUGGUGGAAAUUUUUCCUUUUUAUUAAAUGCUCAGUGCACACAUGUAAUCUUAGAUAAUGCUGAUGUUCUGAGCCAGUAUCAGCUGAAGUCUAUUCAGAAGAACCAUAUUCUUAUUACAAACCCAGAUUUUGUAUGGGAAUCUAUCAAAGAAAGGAGACUGCUGGAUACAGAGAUUUAUGGUCCCAGUGAGUCACUGGACAUCACACCAGCUUCCAAUGAAGAAUGGAGCAGCUCUAAUUACGAGUCUUUUAUGUCUCCUGCAUUGGCAGAAAUGGAAACGAAUGAUUCUUCAUUCCUGGACAGUUCCACAGAGGAGAACACUGUUGAACUCACUAAGUUUCAUGCAGAGGAUGUUGAAAUUCCUCAUCUUCCUCAAGAUUUUGAAGUUGCAAAAUAUAACAUCUUGGAAAAAGUUGUGACAGAGGGAGGUAAGGAGACAGCCGUGGUGGAGCUGCAGUGCCUCCAGGGCCCUGGGGACCGUGGCUUUCUGAUAUGCACACACUUCCUCCUGGCCACCGGCACCCAGACCAGGAGGCAGUCCUCUGUGAGGAAAACCUCUGCAGACGCAAGUGAAUACUAUGAGAAUUAUAUUGAGGAGCUGAAGAAACAAGGCUUUCUACUGAAAGAACAUUUUACACCUGAAGCAACCCAGUUAGCAUCUGAAAAACUGCAAGCAUUGCUUUUGGAGGAGGUAAUAAACUCGAGUGCCCUAAGCCCUGAGGUGAGUGGCUUGGUGGAGAUGCUCUGGGCAGAAGCCCUCGGCCGCCUAGAGGACACGCUUCUGAGACCCGUGGGCAUGAUGAGCCUGAAUGACGUGAGCAAGGCAGAGGGAAUUCUCCUCCUGGUAAAGGAAGCGGUGAGAAAUGGAGAAACACAGGAGCAACUGCAGACGAUGCUGACCGAGUUCUACAGAUUAAUCCCUCACAGAGCUGCCACGGCUGAGAAGGUCAGCCUGAGCCUGCUGGCUAAGAAAGAGGACCUGUGCCAGCUAAUAAGAGACAUGGUUAAUGUCUGUGAAACUAAUUUGGCCAAACCCAACCCACCGUCUCUUGCCAAAUACCGAGCUUUGAGAUGCAAAAUUGAGCAUGUUGAGCCGAACACUGAAGAAUUUUUGAGAGUAAGAGAAGAGGUGCUGCAGAAUAAUCACAGUAAAAGUCCAGUGGACAUCUUGCAGAUAUUUAGAGUUGGCAGAGUAAGUGAAACCACAGAGUUCCGGAGCCACAUUGGCAAUGUCAGGCACUUGCUGCAUGGGUCUUCUGUGCAGAGCUUCAUGGGAAUCCUGUCCCGUGGGUUGCUUUUACCCAAAGUAGUUGAAGAUCGUGGAGUGAAGAGAACAGACAUUGGAAAUCUUGGGAGUGGGAUAUAUUUCAGCGAUUCACUCAGUACGAGCAUCAAGUACUCGCACCCUGGACAGACAGAUGGCACCCGACUCCUGGUCGUCUGUGACGUCGCCCUUGGCAGGUGCAUGGACCUGCAUGAGCGAAACUUCUCCCUGACGGAGGCACCACCCGAGUACGACAGUGUCCACGGGGUGCGGGGAACGGAUACGGUCAGCUCAGACUUUGAGGAUGAUGAAUUUGUUGUAUACAAAACCAAUCAGGUUAAAAUGAAAUAUAUUGUUAAAUUUUCUGUAUCUGGAGAUGAAAUAAAGGACUUUCAUCCUUGUGAUAAUACGGAAUUAGAGGAAUACAGACCUGAGUUUUCACAUUUUUCAACAGUUGAAGAUCACCAGCUUCCAGGCAGCACACCUUUCCCCGACAUCAAGGCGGGUCUUCAGGAUGCCUCUGGGAGUUCAGUUCCUCUGGAGGACGUUCACAUCAAGGGAAAAAUAAUAGACUUUGUAGCCCAGGUCGUUGUUUUUCAAACAUACACAAACCAAAAUCAUGUGCCCAUUGAGGCAAAAUAUGUUUUUCCCUUGGACGACAAGGCAGCUGUGUGUGGUUUCGAGGCUUUCAUCAAUGGGAAGCACGUGGUGGGAGAGAUUAAAGAGAAGGAAGCGGCCCAGCGAGAGUACCGAGUGGCAAUCAGUCAAGGCCACGGUGCCUACCUGAUGGAUCAGGACGCACCCGACAUCUUCACCGUCAGUGUCGGGAACUUACCCCCAGAGGCCAAGGUCCUGAUCAAAAUCACCUACAUCACGGAGCUGAGCGUCCAGGGUGCCUGCGUGGUCUUCUUCCUGCCGGCCACCGUGGCGCCCUGGCAGCAGGACAGGGCUCUGAGGGAGAACCUUCAGGAUACAGUGGAGAAGAUUUGUAUAAAGGAAACAGGAACAAAGCAAAGCUUUUCUCUGAGCAUGUCUAUCGAGAUGCCGCACAUGAUUGAAUUCAUCUUCAGUGACACACACGACCUGAGAAAAAAGAGAACAGACUGCAAAGCUGUGAUUAGUACUGUGGAAGGCAGCUCCUUAGACAGCAAUGGAUUUUCUCUCCUCAUCGGUUUGGUUGAUGUGUAUCUCCCAAGAAUGUGGGUUGAAAAGCAUCCAGAAAAAGAAAGCGAGGCCUGCAUGCUUGUGUUUCAACCAAAUCUUGAUAUUACCAUCCCUGACGAAGCUGAGAGGAGUGAAGUGAUUAUUUGUCUUGAUUGCUCCAAUUCCAUGGAGGGUGAGACGUUCUUGCAAGCCAAGCAGAUUGCCUUGCACACACUGUCCUGUGUGGGAAAGGAGCAGAAGGUGAACGUCAUCAAGUUCGGCACAGGUUACAAGGAAUUAUUUUCGUAUCCUAAGUGCAUCACGAGCAAUAAGACGCCCACAGAGUUCAUCAUGUCUGCUACACCUACCAUGGGAAACACAGAUUUCUGGAAGACGCUUCGAUACUUAAGUUUGCUGUGCCCUUCCCAUGUGUUACGGAACAUCCUCCUUAUAUCCGACGGGCAUCUCCAGAACGAGAGCCUGACCUUGCAGCUUGUAAGAAGAAGCGUGCCGCACACCAGGCUGUUCUCCUGUGGGGUCAGUUCUACAGCAAAUCGUCAUGUCUUACGGACUCUGUCCCACUAUGGUGCUGGAGUAUUUGAAUAUUUUAACUCAAAAUCCAAACAUAGCUGGAAAAAACAGAUAGAAGCCCAGAUGGGUAGGAUGAGUUCUCCCAGUUGCCACUCGGUCUCCGUCAAAUGGCAGCAGCUGAGCACGGACGCACCCGCACCCUUGCAGGCCCCCGCCCAGGUGCAGUCCCUGUUCCACAGCGAGCGACUCCUCGUCUACGGGCUCACUCCUCACUGUACACAGGCAACUCUACAUGCACUAAUUCAAGAGAGAGAGUAUUCUACAGUGGUGUCAACGACUGAACUUCAGAAGACAACUGGAACGAUGAUUCACAAGCUGGCAGCGCGAGCUCUGAUCAGAGAUUACGAAGAUGGCAUUCUCCAUGAAAACGAAGUGAAUCACGAGAUGAAGAAGCAAACCUUAAAAUCUCUGAUUAUUAAACUCAGUAAAGAAAACUCUCUCAUAACACAAUUUACAAGCUUUGUGGCUGUGGAGAAAAGGGAUGGUAAUGAGUCACUUUCUCCUGAUAUUCCAAAUACUUUGGAACUUAUUGCCAAAGAAGACAUAGAUUUUCUGCCAUACAUGAGCUGGCAGGGGGAACAACCAGAUGCCAGCAGGAUGCAGACUCUUUCAGCAUCCUCUGAAUGGAAGCAAGAAUCCAAACGUAAGUGUAAACUUAAAUGUUGGACUGAAAAGAAACGUUCAGCACUUAACAUGAGACUUUCUGAAGAUUUUGAAGCUUUUAGCUUCGAUGCCCUGGAAGAAUCUGAAGCGGUCAGUUCUGUCUUCAGGAAUGCGGAGGAGCCCUGGGGCUUGGGUCCGAUGGAGUCAUCUAAACAAACAGAAGUUAAACCACAAUUCACAGAAGCCAUCUCACAGAAAACAGCCGUUUCCGACAUUCCUACUGCCCCUACCUUCUUAACUGCACCCCUCCGUGUUGGCUCUGCUUUCCACCAUCAUCCCAGCUCAGCACUGUUUGGUUCUCCAGCUAGUCCCAAACACUUCGGUUCCCCUAAGAAGUACCUGGAGAUGGGCAGUGGUGCCAACGUUUCCCUGGACAUGGCGCCUUUUUCCAGGCCACAUCUCCAGGGCCCACCCUUGCGACUUGCUGCUGCUCCCAGGGCCUCGUAUAGCUCCAGGUCACAGCUGCCCAGAACUGAUCAAGGGGCUGCCACAGGCUUCGGUGUCCGCCCUGUUCAGCUGUGUGUUGUUUCCUGUCCUUCUACAGGUCUUCUCCCUAGUCCACUCUUGGGGUCUUUCUUUUCUUCCCCUGCCCCUCCUCCCCCCCUACCCAGGGGGGUUGUUCCCCCUCCUCCCCCUCUACCUGGGGGGGUUGGUGUUCCUCCUCCUCCCCCUCUUCCCCCUCUAUCUGGGGGAAUUGUUCCCCCUCCUCCCCCUCUACCUGGGGGGAUUGUUCCCCCUCCUUCCUCUCUACCUAGGGGGGUAGGUGUUCCUCCUCCUCCCCCUCUUCCCCCUCUAUCUGGGGGAAUUGUUCCCCCUCCUCCCCCUCUACCUGGGGGGAUUGUUCCCCCUCCUUCCCCUCUACCUGGGGGGGUUGGUGUUCCUCCUCCUCCCCCUCUUGCCCCUCUGUCUGGGGGAAUUGUUCCCCCUCCUCCCCCUCUACCUGGGGGGAUUGUUCCCCCUCCUUCCUCUCUACCUGGGGGGGUUGGUGUUCCUCCUCCUCCCCCUCUUGCCCCUCUAUCUGGGGGAAUUGUUCCCCCUCCUCCCCCUAUAUCUGGGGGGAUUGUUCCCCCUCCUUCCUCUCUACCUGGGGGGGUAGGUGUUCCUCCUCCUCCUCCUCUUCCCCCUCUAUCUGGGGGAAUUGUUCCCCCUGCUCACCCUCUAUCUCAGGGGCUUGGCAUUCCUCCUCCCCCUCUUUCCUCUCCUCUUCCUUCUCACCAUACUCCAGCUCCUAGGAGUGCCAGUUACAAGCUGCCAGUGGCUCCAUCUGGCCCUGCUGAGGAUGCCUGGCCAGACGUUACUCUGUUAGCUGUGUAUGAUGAACCUCUGUCAUUAGACUCCCUCCAAUAUGAUUGUUCAUUUUUUGAACUUUCUUCUGAAACGGAAAGUGAUAAGACAGCAGGACUUCUGACAAAUAGGAUUUUUAAAAAGCUGGCAAAAUAUGACCUGAUAAGUGGCUUUACUGCAAGCGCUCAGGCACAAAAAGAUGAGGAUGGCCUAGUUGGCAAAGCAAGCUGGAAGAAUUAUGUGCCUUCAACUGAACUCUUCAGGCUUCAGACCAAGGAUGGCUGCUGGAAACUUACACAAGAACUGGGAUUUAUAUUAAAACUUAAUACAAAUAUUUUAAACAACUUUCUUGAACAAAAAGGCAUUCGAUCUCUAGGUGUAAGAGGAAGAGAGCACCUUCUAGACCUGAUCGCCACGUUUCUAGUGCUGCAGUUCCUCCGCACCAAGUUGGAACAGGAGGGAAUAAUCAUCAAAUCGCUGAUGAGACUGGACGAUGCUUCCAUUCCCAGGAAUAUUCCCUGGGAUUGUGAGAAAAUAAAGAAAGCCAGUGAGUGGCUCAGAAGAACUGAAGGGCAGUACCCAUCCAUCUGCCAGCGGCUGGAGCUGGGUAAAGACUGGGACUCUGCCACCAAGCAGCUACUGGGGAUCCUGCCCAGAGACGCCACCUCCGCUCCUCACAGGCUCCUUAAGCACAGCCAAGGCUGACGCACAUUCACUUGUCUUUUAGCCUGCACUCAUGCCUCAUGUGUAUGAUAAUCAGAUAUAAUUGAUGCCUAUAAUGAAAUCUAAUUACGAUUUUAUUCAGUAUAACAAUCACUUUCAAAUAAAUGGAAAAGGCUAUUGUUUCAGUGAACUAACAAGCAAUUGUACAAUAAAAAUUUCAAGGAAUUCCCUGGUGGUCCAGUGGUUAGGACUCCAAGCUUUUAAUGCUGUGAUUCUGGAUUUGAUCCCUGGUCAGGGAACGAAGAUCCCACAAGCCAAGCAGUACAACCAAAAAAAACUUUUUUAGAUAAAAAUUCUAAUAUUACAGAAUUUUUUUUUUAACCAGAGGUUGGGGGAGGGUAGAGAUUGGAUGAAGGUGAUCAGAAGGUACAAACUUCCAGUUACACGAUAAAUAAGUACUAGGAUGUAAUGUGCGGCAUGAAAAUAUAAUUAACACUGCUGUAUAGUACAUAUGAAAGUUGUUCAGAGACUAAAUCCUGAGUUCUCAUCACAAGGAAAAAAUAAUCUUCUUUUACUCUGUGCCUGUAUGAGGUGGUGGGUAUCACUAAACUACUGUGAUCAUCAUUUCAUGAUGUUUGAGAGUCAGAUCAUGGUGCUGCCAUCUUAAUCUUAUACCGUGCUAUAUGUCAAUUAUAUCUCAAUAAAACUGGGAGAAAAAAUUAAAUCACUACCCUACUUGGACCUGUAAACUCCACUGGUAGGAACUGUACUUCUAGAAAUUCAUCUUACAGAAAUGUGGACACAUUGACACAUGCAGGUAUCAUAUGUGCAUAUAUACAUAGUGCCAUCACCCAGCAUACACAAUAGAGCCCAUUUUAAAAGUUCUAUAAAUAGGUGUUUGCAAGAUAAAAAUCUAUCAUGUCAUAUUCCAAACUAGUUACAUUUGAGGAAUAGAAACUUUAUUUCUAUCUUAUAUACUUUGAAUUUUAAAAGUUGAAAUAAAAAAAAUUUAAAAAUUUUACAAGGAA